AUGGCUGUGAGCGUGGUGCGUCCAUCAGAGUGGGCUGCGGCCGGGAUAUCUCGAAGAACCACAGAUUAUAUAAUCAAUGGUGUUGUUCUAGCGCCCAGCGGUUACGUCUACGUACCCCCAGCUCCGUCCAAGCAGCUCACCAUAGAUCUGCAAGUUUCGGUCACCGAGUGCACCAGCUGGCAGGAGGUGCUCGCCGUCGUCGACAGCUUUGGGGACAUCUUCGACUUCCGCAACACCUCAACUGCCAUACAUCGAGUUGCCAGGUUCAGUUUCAACGCUGGAGAAACCCAGCUGGUCCUUGCAGACUGGCGCUUUCCGCGCUUGUUGCAGCUGAUCUGGGCCAAGUGUAGCGACCUAUCGCCAUGGGGUCUCUCUGACGCCACCUGGGGCCUCGCGAAGCUCCAGUGCCGCAACGAGGAUAUAUUCCGCCGCCUGUCUGCGCGCGCCCGGCACCUGAUCAAGGAGAUAGAUCCUCAGGGAUUGUCGCUGAUCGCGUGGUCAUUCGCCACCGUGGGUCUUCGGGACGAUGAACUCAUGGCGGCAAUCGCUGACGAAUCGCAACGCAAGCUUGAUACAUUCGGCGCGCAGAACAUUGCUAAUCUUAUUUGGGCCACCGCUACCGCCGGUAUUAAAGCCGAUGCUUUGCACGCUGCGCUUGUGAAGGAGUCGCUGCGACGCUUGAGCGAUUUCACUUCGCAAGAAUUGGCUAUCGUGAAUUGGUCUCUCACGAAGCUGGCAUACCCUGUCGACGAUGUGUGGCGCACAGCGUUCCGAAACCGGGUCAUGCAGCUCAAGGAAUAUGCUCCGUCUGAGGUUUCUAUGAUUGCGUGGGCCUUGGCUACCCGUGGUGAUUACGACCCUGAGUUGAUGGCAUACAUUGCCCGUCGGUCCAUUGAGCUCAUGCGCUCAUUCACAGGCCAAAAUCUGGCCACAGUCAUUUGGGCGAUGGCUACUGUUUCUUAUCCAGAUGACCCUUCUGUGGACGAAUUCUUAAGGAUGGCUUUGGGCGCAAUUAUUGCCCGCUCUGGCGAAUUCCAGCCGCUCAAUAUUGCACUGAUCUCAUGGGGACUGGCAAAGUUAUCCUACCAAGCAGAAGUUGCUUUCGAGGCAUUGUGCGCUGCCGCGGUUGAACAGAUGAACAAUUUUGUGCCACAGAAUUUGGUCCAGCUGGUCUGGGCCUGUGCUACCAACGGUUACAAGAACGACUCGUUUUUGGCCGCUGCUGGCCGUGUAGCAAAGUUGCGGAUGGACGAUUUCUCAUCACAGCACUUGUCGAAUCUGCUUUGGGCAUAUGCUCGACUCGGGUACGAUGAAGACCAUGGGCUGCUUCGGGCCAUUGGCCAUGCUGCUGUGAGAAGGAUGCAUGAGGGAACGCCGCAGCAUCUGUCCAAUAUGGCCUGGGCAAUCAGCCAGCUUGGCCCGGAGCACUUCACGGAGUGCCUCUCAAAGAUCGUUGCCGAGACUGCUGCAAGACUGGUGGAGUUUGACCCACCCUCGCUGAUGAUGCUGAGCGACUCACUGUUUGAAGCCAAUUACGGCAGGGGCCAGCACGAGCCGUUGUUGGAUAUUCUGCGAGGAUUCGACAUGUGGUAA